AUGUUGACGAUGAUCAUCGUUGCGCUCAUCACUGUCAUAGUUGUCGGAUUCUGCAUUGCUCCAAUCAACGGCAGAUGGCGGAGGAAGACAGCCGUCGGGUUCUUCCAUCCGUACACCAACGACGGCGGUGGCGGGGAGAGGGUGCUGUGGUGCGCCGUCAAAGGCAUCCAAGAGGAGAGCCCUGACCUUGACUGCUAUGUCUACACCGGAGAUCAUGACGCGACCCCUCAAUCGCUGAUGUUUCGAGCCCUCGAUCGCUUUGGAGUCACGCUCCUUUCUCCUCCCAAGGUGGUUCAUUUGUACAAGAGAAGGUGGAUUGAAGAAACCACUUAUCCGCACUUUACAAUGAUUGGUCAAAGUCUGGGUUCUAUGUAUCUUGUAUGGGAGGCUUUGUGCAAGUUUACACCUUUAUUUUACUUUGACACAAGUGGAUAUGCUUUUACAUAUCCACUUGCCCGGUUGUUUGGAUGCAAAGUUAUUUGCUAUACACAUUAUCCUACUAUCAGUUCAGACAUGCUAGCUCGUGUUCGUCAUCGCAGCUUGAUGUAUAAUAAUGAUGCCCUAAUUACAAAAAGUGUUUGGCUUUCAAGGUGCAAAAUAGUCUAUUAUGCAAUAUUCAGUUGCUUGUAUGGGAUUGUAGGAUCAUGUGCGCACCUAGCUAUGGUUAAUUCAUCUUGGACCAAAUCCCAUAUUGAAAAUCUUUGGAGAGUACCAGAUCGGAUUAAGCGAGUCUAUCCUCCUUGUGAUACUUCAGGACUCCAAGUACUUCCCUUGGGACGAUCAGCAGACAUUCCUGUAAUAAUAUCUGUUGCACAAUUUCGCCCGGAGAAGGCUCACACUCUCCAACUUGAGGCUUUUUCAGCUGCCAUUAAGAGAUUGGAUCCUACCCUGCCAAAACCUAAGUUCCAAAUUGUGGGUAGUUGUAGAAACAAGUCAGAUGAAGACAGACUUCAAAUGUUGAAGAAGAGAGCUAUUGAGCUGAAUAUUAACGAACAUGUGGAAUUUCACAAGAAUGUAACAUACAGAGAUUUGGUGGAACUUUUAGGCGGUGCUGUUGCUGGCAUUCAUUCAAUGACAGAUGAGCAUUUUGGCAUUAGUGUUGUAGAAUACAUGGCUGCCGGUGCUAUCCCAAUUGCUCAUAAUUCUGCUGGCCCAAAAAUGGACAUUGUGUUGGAUGAAGAUGGACAGCAAACAGGCUUUCUCGCUUGUACUGUUGAAGAAUAUGCAGACGCCAUAGUACGAAUCGUAACAAUGACAGAGAAAGAAAGACUUUUGAUGGCUGCAGCUGCAAGAAGAAGGGCAAGGAGAUUUUCUGAGCAGAGGUUUUACGAUGACUUCAAAGCUGCAGUGGGACCUAUCUUAUGUCAUAUUUCUAGGUGA